AUGGAAGGAAAUGGGAGCAGAGUCCAGCUCCCGCAGCCGCCCGCCUGGUGCUUCGCAGCCACCUGUUACAAUCCGGUCAACCUGGGGCUGUGGGACACGGCCGGGCAGGAAGACUACGACCGACUUCGGCCACUGUCCUACCCCCAAACCGAUGUCUUCCUGAUCUGCUUCUCCUUGGUGAGCCCAGCCUCCUUUGAGAAUGUCCGAGCCAAGUGGUACCCGGAGGUGCGGCACCAUUGCCCCCACACGCCCAUCCUCCUGGUGGGCACCAAGCUGGACCUCCGGGACGACAAAGACACCGUCGAGCGGCUGAGGGACAAGAAGCUGGCACCCAUCACAUACCCUCAGGGCCUGGCCAUGGCCCGGGAGAUCGGCUCAGUCAAGUACCUGGAGUGCUCGGCUCUGACUCAGCGGGGUCUGAAGACAGUGUUUGACGAGGCCAUCAGGGCAGUGCUCUGCCCACCCCCGGUGAAAAAGCCUGGGAAAAAAUGCACAGUCUUCUAGAGCUUGGAGUCUGGGGGGCAGGCCCGCCCCCACCCGUCUGCUGUCCUGUUGAGCUGUCCUGUCUGGUGUCUGAGUCUGCUGUGGGGAGUGCUGUGGGUGGGGAGGGGCAAGAAGCAUGGGGUGGGUCCUGGCCACUCUGCCUCCUCUGUGGGGGCACGGCUUCAGCCUGCCCUGGCCCCCACGGGAGGCUGGGAGGGAGCAGGG